AUGGAGGCAAAGGGUGAGGAAGAUCACGCGUCGACUAAGCUCAAAGCUUCAUUUAAGGCUAUCGAUGACAUUGACACAGACGAGUCAGGAGCUCCUGAUCCUGAAAUUGUAGCUUUACGUGACGGAUAUAACCAAACGUACAUUGUUCAGUCCAGCAAGAGCAAUCUUCAUGAAGUUCUCUUUCGUUGUGGCAAUUGGUGCUACAGUGGAAAAGUCGACUUGGGCAAUGCCGACCUUGAGCUUGCUGAUCUUCCAGUUGUUAUCCCUGCUUUACAAAAACAACAGGCAUCGUUACAGUACCUUAGCGAAUGGAAAGCUUUGCCUCCAACGUCUCAAUAUUCUUCUUCGCUCGAGACUUUGUACGAUGUUUACGACUUUAUCGGUGCAGAGCUUUCAAGCGAACGGAUUGAGCACAAAUUGUUAGAAGCAGCUGAGAAACAUACAUGGGUAGAUAGUGACGACGAUGGCGAUUCAAAGACCUUUUUUGAGCUACAAAGCGGUGGUUACGAAUGCUUUGAUGGAGUCGAUUUCGUAGCAAGCAAAACUUUUGUACGAGGUCUUGUGCUCGUGGUCAUUUACUACCAACGCAGUUUUUACGUUGUGCUGCAGGCAGCAGACGGCGAGCAACCUUUGUUGGAUGUACGUUUUCCGGAUCUAUCUGCUCAUUUGCAGGGCAUUCACCUUCAAACAUACUGUGACGAUGAUUGGAGUAACAUGAAGAAACUCACGUUAUGGCAAGCAGCAAACGCUGGUAAGCAUCAAAGUCGGCCAAGACCGUUAAAGGUACAAUGCACAGACGUGAGCGGCACAGGUUACAACCAGACAUUUCUCAUUCGGCGUACGCCACGUAUGGAUGGCUCAACGAGUGCUUCGAGUCUGCGCGAGGUGCUUUUUCGUUUUGGAAAUUGGUGUUAUAAUGGACAUGUGGAUCUGGGACCAAAGCUUGAAUUGGCUGACAUUCCCGUCAUCAUUCCCAUGUUAAGACGACAGCAAAGUGCUUUGACGUUCAUGUGUGAAGCUUCGAAGAUGCCGGCAACGUCUUUAUUUACUCCAUGUAUGGAGCAUCUUGCUGAAGUUGUGCCCGCUAUUCAAGAAGAAAUGUCUAAUGCAGAGCAGUUUGUGCAGACAUUGGCUCAGACUGGUGGAUCGUUUGUUAAUAGCAAGGGUAAUGCUCGAAGUUGGCUGGAAGACGAUAAUGUCGAGUGCUUCUUUGAGAUUGCUCUGAACAAAUGUUCUGCGUUUCAGGACGUUGAGGCAAUCGCGAGCAAGAUUCAUGUAGGUGGUGUAGUGCUUGUUCUGCUUUACUACAACUAUACUUUCUACGUAUAUCUUGAGAACGGAGAAGAAGAACAAAUGUUGCUGGACACAAACUUCCCUGAUGUGUCGCUGCAAAAUGAAGGCAUUCAACUAAAAACUUAUCGUAAUGGAGUUCGUGGUUGCGAAGAAUUGCGGCGCAUUAGUCUGUGGAAAGUUCAAAAUGACGAUAAUGGUGAUGAAGACGAUGAGCAGGACGCUGCAGCGAUUGACUGUAUCACUUCACGCACUCAAGACCAUUUUCAAGCCGAUUCGAAAGUAGAAUAUAGGCGCGAGGAAGGCGUCAAGUCGACACCCGAGUCGGAUGCUAAAUUGGCAAAAGACAAGCAGUCAAGAAAAUCUGCUCUGCCUCAUCACGUUGCCCCGCUCAAGAGGCCGAGUGGCAACCUUGGUAGCAUGCUCGAUCACGGUUUGAAAGCCCCGUGGGACGACACAGGGAAACCACUUGGAUUGCGGUCCAGUAAGUAA